AUGCCCCACGAUCGGAUUUGUCUUCCCGAAAGAGUCAAUUUCCGAAAGGUUUGGCCGUGCGAACAAGACAAAACCGCCAGGGAAAUUUGUGAGUUUUUGAGGCUUUCUAUCGAUUUUAGCACGUGCAAGCGGUCAUUUUACUACAAAAAAUUGCAGUAGAAGAGCAAGAGGAUCGUCAGGCGUUUCUGCGCGGAGCUCCUUCCGCUUUCGCUCGCACCGGCUUCUACGAUCGUCUUUUCCGUCAGCAGAACCUGCCAACAGUUUAUGAUGAUAACAUACCGUAUUACCCGAAUUACGGGUAUAAUCCUAAUACUCCCGUGCUGGGACUGUAUCGCUACUCCAAUUAUUUCAUUAAUCCCUAG